GCUCAUGCCCAACGGGCCACGCCUCGGGACUAGACUCAUCACUUCCGUGCCAAACAUCCCACUAGCACAGCCUACCCUUACUGACUAUUCCUAUCGUUCCAGCAGGACUUUGAGCCUUCGUCGCCCUCCUGCCCCGGGCUGGAUUAUCUGGACAUCCCGGCAACAGGUGAUAUGAGAUACAACCAAGAUUCCAAUAUCUCCUCCCUGACGAUAGAAACCCCUCCCCAGCCGUCUUCUGUGCUCAGCGGAUUUUCUGCGCCCCUGCUCAACACCACAACCACUGGGUACUCCCCGGAUACUGGAUCCUUCUACUCCCCAGCGUCACAGAUAUAUUCCAGCAUCGACGUCAGGCCACCGCGCCUGAGCUCCAACACUUCGUCUACGGGCAUGGCACAUGCCAACCGCUCCGCUGCAUUACCAAAUCCAGCCUACAACGUAAGAGAUCUCUACUCGGGAGCCAGGCCGUCUUUCCCUAGAGCAACGGAGCACACGAGGUCGCCGUCUUUCGCGGCACCCCUGCGACGCCAUCCGCUGUCGCCAACUCCUAGCCCCAGCAUCGGUUUCACCAGUCCAGUCAGGAUGGAUGCCGGCCAGUACGGCAAGUCUGGGGGUUCGCACAUUCCCCCGCUCAUGCCGAUGACCACGAACGGCCAGCUCGCGUACGCCGACGGCGGGACCCCCAUCAAAAUCGACAUCCAGGGCACCAUUGACAAAGGUUUCUUCAUGUCCGAGGGGGACUGGACAUGUUACAGGCGGAACUACUUCUCUUGCAUCUGCUCCUACAGCUUAUCGCCAUUUUACCACAACACGUCUAUGCAGUACGUUCCUAAUGGGUCCAGUACUUCGUAUCAGGUGUUUGGCUUUGCGAUGAGCAUCUCUGCCGUCGUCUCAGACAGCGAUUCCCACACCAUCGAACUGGUACAGCACACGCCGAAGAGAGACAAGGGUCCCGUUCAGAGACCCGAAAAAGUAAGACUAACGCCGAAGCAGCCGCAACAGCCGGCUCAUCCGCUGCUGUAUCAGGAGCACCACAACAUAGCCGCAAGCUCGAGGCCCAUGUUCGAAGGCGGCUACGGGCAGAGCGCGCAAGGGUCGUACCCUAGCGAGCAUACCUUUGAACGGAUCCAGUUCAAGCAGGCGACGGCGAAUAACGGCAAGCGGAGGGCCGCUCAGCAAUACUACCACCUCGUCGUCGAACUAUACGCCGACGUAGGCAACCAGGCGCCCGAUCAAUUUAUGAAGAUCGCGCAACGGAAAUCCGCCAAGAUGAUUGUCCGCGGUCGUUCCCCUGGGCACUACCAAACCGAGAGACGCGGCAGUACGAGCAGCGGACCUGGGGGUUCGAGUGGAAUGGGCGGCUAUCCCGGCUCUCAGGUGCUCGGGACAGAAUACAAUCCCGGUGGAUCUUCGCUGCUAUCGGGCGCGUAUGGUAGCGGCGGAGGAUACGACCCGCGAUCCGGGCAUUACGGGACGACUCGCCAUCACGAGUUGCCGAUAGAACCGAUCAUACCCGCGGAUGAGGCAAAGGCCAUCGAUAGCGCGAAAGAAUACCAGUACUACCCCGCCACCAUCUACGAAGGCGCGGAUUCCCGGCAAGGUGUCGAGAUGUUUUCGCACCGGGGGGAGCAGGACACCAUGAUGCCUUCGGCUCCUGCCACGGCCGAUCCGGCGGCAUCAAAGGUCAAGCCCGAAUACGAAAGCACCCUACCCAGCAUAUUCUACCCCCCCAAUUCGUAUUACUCUCGAAACUGCAGCCGAUUUGAGGGAAAGCCUACCUCAGCGGGUUACUACCCAGCUAUGACGAUGCCGACUCUACUUCCCCAAUCGGGAUGAGACGGAUAGGGGGUUCGGUAUAGAGUACACGUGCAAGCUGGUCGCACACUGAUCCACGAAAAUGGCGCAUUCGCUCGGUAUUAGCUUGGAGCUAACUACCACGAAUCUCACCGCGCCAGACGUGGCCAUCAGAAAUUCUUUUUUUUUUUUUCAAGAAAAAAAAGAGGGACCGUUUUUUUUUUUUGGUUCGUCUACUGCUUUUU